CUCCAGCACAAGUCAAGCGUGUCGGUCGACGGUAAGGGCAGGAUGCGUCCUGCAGCUACUAGCGUUUGAGCGCGUCAUGCUGCAAUCUCGGGGCACUAACAACGCGAGCAAGAUGCACUUAAAUCUUGAAGAAAUCACCACUGGAGACCGCAAACAGGACGAUAAAGAGCCCAAGAAGACGAAAAUCCGAAAGCGACGUGGACCGAGAGCUCAGGCGAUUGAAGAAGUGUUUGCGACGCUCAGCAAUGCUCGGUCGUCGGGACUCAAUCCUCCUCCAGAGCGUAUCAUACUGACACCUCGAUCAGCAGAAGCUUGUUUACGCUGUGGGGUGAAUCCAGAAACCCUCAAAAUCCGCGACUUGGAUUCCUUUUACGAUCCAGACGUCACGACUGCCGUGCAGCGUAUGCGCCACGAAGCGUAUUCACUACGCAGACACGAGGAGAUGCAGACUCUACGAGCUGAAAAGCGGAAGCUGCUCGAGGCGGAGGAUCGAGGCGGUGUCAUCCCGUCGCGUCUUGUAGCCAUUUCAGGCCCCAAACGAGGUUCUCAUAGUGCCAACGGGCUACCGUCAAGCUCGUCGGGCUCGCCGGCCACGAAGAAUUCCUCGUCCCUGCUGAAUAUCGAGCGACAACGACUCGAAAAAGUGCGACAACGACAAGAGCGCGAGCUGGAACACAAUGCUCGAGUUCGAGAUGAAGAUGAGCCGACUGCAACAAGAAAGCAGCCGACAAGAUGGAGCGCGAGAAGCGACAGCACGAAGCCAUGGAGCGUUCUUCGUUUACGCUUCGCGCAGGAGUUGGCAGUCGAGAAACGAGCUCGAGAGAUCAAGAAGAAAACGCAACUGGAUGCCGAAGAAGAGCGACGCAAGGAGAUGGCUACACAGUUGGCUGCUCCCGACCGCGCACUGGCCGAAGAAAAGGCUCGACAAGAUAAAGUACGUCGCCUGGAAGCCAGAGAGCGAGAGGAAGAGCGAAAGAUAAAGGCGGAAGAGCACCGAGCUCAGACCGAAGCUCUGCUUCGAGCUCAGCAGACGGAGAUCCAGACAAGACUCAAGGAGCUCGACUUGGCCGAGAAAGCUCGUGAGGAAAUGGUGGAGCUGCAGCGAGCCGAACGGGCGACGGCGAUGGAUACAAGACGUCGGGAAGUGACGCAACGGAUCCAAAAGAAUCUUCGUGCGUCGAAGAAGCUGGAGGCGCAACGAAAGCGAGAAAUUCAACGUAAACAAGCUGCUCGUGAGGCGGUUCGACGAGCUCAUGAGGAAGAGGAGCGACGUUCACGAGAGCUGCAGACACAGCAGCAGUUGGCGUUGGAGAAGAAACGGCAGUUGGUGCUGGAGGAGACUCGACGAGAAGAAGCUCGGAGGAGACAAGAGCUGCUGGAACGUCAACGGGAAACCGAGCGCAAUGUGCAACAAGUGCAGAGAAGCCAGGAACAGCAACGAGCUCUGCGGAGUGAGUACCGGAAGCUGCAGGCACAGCUCAAGGCGGAUAAGGUCGAGCGGAUGAAGAGGGUGCAAGAGUAUCAACGACUGGAGAUGUUGCGGAGACUACAGGACACGGAGGCACGUACGCAGCACAUGCUGAACGAGAAGGAAUCGCUCGUGACGCGUCGUAAACAGCUCGCCAUUCGGACCAAGAUCCAGCGAGAUCUCAUCAUGCGGACGAUGGAGAACGUCAAGAUCACCAAGAAAUGGCAUCAAGCUUCCAAGACGAUCGAGAAGGUGCUGAACGGAGGGAAUACGAACCGACCUGGGGGCUCAGCGAACGUCUCCGAGCGACCGAAAUCGAGUUCCGGUAUUGUCGGGAGACAGACGUCCCUGCCGACUCUGAGUCAGCCUACGACGCCUCAUGAUCACUCGCAGUCAAAGGUUUUCCAACCUCCUUCGCCACCGCCGACACGAACCGCGUUCAAGUUCUCAAAGGAGACGCAACAGACGCAGAAUAGCGCAGCAGGGAGCGAUCUUUGUCGAAGAAGUCGACUUGGUCAUCGCAUCUUGCUGUCUCGUUGGGUGGCACUGCUGAGUCGAAGAUCGAGGUCUGACACUGAGAUGGUGCUGGCGUUGGGACGAGAGAAGGAAGGGAUCCCGGUCGAAGUGCUGCAGCUUGUCGACGUUUGUGUGGAAAUCCCCCAGUUUGGACUGGUACGCUCACUGAAUGUGCACGUGAGCGGACCUCUGGUGCUGUGGGAGUACACGCAGCAGCAAUUGAUGUCUGGAGCUUUCGAGUCUACUCUCUAG